UCGCGCGAUCCCGCCGCAGUAUGCCACCGAACGUCGUGCGUCGCGUGCGUUUCGUUGCUGGUCGUCGUCGCGACAGUGUAACGGGGCGACUAUGAGCGGUCGCGCGUCGUGAUCUAUUGCCGCCACGACGGGAAUUAUGUCGACUCGAAGAAAUGGGUAAUCUGCCGACGCUGCUGGUGAAGUUAGGUGCCGCGUCUCUGCUCGCUUGUCUCCUCGCGGAUCACAGCCUGGCCCAGGACGAAACACCGGCCGUGGAUUGCAUCGAGUCCGAGACAGGAUGCAAGAGGUGCAGGGACGGAACGUGCGCCAGAUGUGCCGUGCUGCUUCACCAGGGUACAUGCGUGCAUACCUGCCCACCGGGUUUCGUCGCCGACUGGUCGACCCGGGACGAGUACAUGGGCCGCAUCUGCCAGGAAACCGGCUACAUGUUCGGCCUCACCGGUAGCCAGGUCGCUAUUCUGGUUGGGGUGGUUUCCGGCGCGACGAUCUGCGUGUUUAUCAUCCUGUGCGGCGCAAUAGUCGUGCACCGGCGUAAGAAGAAAGCGGCUAAAUUGGCGCAACAAUUCGAGGAUAGCGCGGAGCGGAGAGAAUUCUUGAAACACCUGGCAACGCUCCGUGGAGAGGCCAACACUUUCCUCGCGAUGCUCAACGAUACUAGAAGACAAGUCAGAGAGUUAUACUAUUCGGGAAAUAACGGAGAUGGUGCCGUCGGAAUCCAAGCGUACAGACCAGUGUUACGGGACUUGGCGAGGAUCUUGGUCCUCGUAAACAGAAGAGAUGAUGAGAUACCACUCCCGCCUGAUGACUGGCAACGAUUGUUCUCGUGGGCGGAACGGCUGCUGAGAAGAUACAAAAGACACAGUUCUCCAGAGGUGGCUCAACUCGUGACGUUCCUGCAGCAGCCAGCGAAUAGCGCCGUUCAGACGACGUCUCCAGUGCAGUCACCGGUCGCGGCAUCGCAAUCGUCUCCGCAUCAGCCUACUUUCGAACCGAGAAGCACCCCUACGAAUCUCACAACGUUCCAAGCGAAUGUGCCGCUCGCGACGUUCCAAGCGAGCGACAAAUCGAGUAUCAGCCCGGCAAGCUCGAGCCUCGGCUACGCGAAGGACAGCAGUCCCCUCGGUUCAAGUCUGGGCCAGCAUAGCGCUACUGGCGCUUACAACUGCGAGAAGCUCAGUCCAAACGGUUCAACGAUCGGCCAGACGACGCCUCUGGUUUAUGGCACUCAGAAACGCGGAACGAGAAUGACGAGCGACUCGCAUCUUCAAGAGAUCCAGACGAUCGCGUUUAAUUCGCGCAGUUACAACGGCGGUGCGCUUCCCCUCGAGUCCAACAGCGGUAUCCGCGUGUUACACGACGAGUGCGAGACGAGCGACGGCUUGGACCACGAUUUAAAUCCCCAAUGGAAGUUCCAGAGCAGCCCUGUCGAGGCGGCCAAUUACACCGUUCUAUCAGAGUGGUCGCCCGCUCGCGACUAUCUCAUCGACGACUUUACGAUUCUCGGUUUCCGACCGCAGGACGAGAUCACCACGGAAUUGUAAUGCUGAUACAUAUCACAAGACUUGUAAAACAAGAGAUUACGAAUGCUCGUGUUUUCCCAAAGUAUCGCCGUUUUAGAUCAUUGAAUCUCAGCUAUCCCGGAAAUUCUCAACAGUUUUCUUCGAUAAUUUCAUGACGAUCUUCGAUUCCAUAUCGUGUUAACGCUUGUCGGUAUCUUAUAUCGUGAAGAAACGUAAUUAUUAUUAUUCUAAAAAUCAUGAAUAUCUACAAAUAAUCUUGAGUAAAAUAAUAUCAGUAUGUUACUGCAAUUAUGAAAAAUGUUCUUUAGUAUUUCGUCUGUAAAGAAUUUAUUUGUAAUUAAUUUGUAUCUCUUAGAACGUAAGAGUACGUUUCUUAGUAUGAAUUAAUUAUAAACUUUACACCAAUACUAUUGUGCAUAAGUUAUUAACUAAGCUUUUGUCACGUCUAGACAAUUUACGUUGCUCAAUAACAUCGGCAGCGGGAGAUAUUCGAAUAAUAAAUUGUCUGUGGUGUGGUUAAGAUACUGACAAGUAUUGUUAACAGAAUAUGGAAUACUUGAACGAAUCAAUAGAAAAAGGAACAAUUAUAUAAAACUUAGUCAUUUGCAAGAUUUGAAUAUAAACUCGAGUUUUUCCUUGUUCUCUUUUGGGAUCUUCUAACGCGAAAUGUUGGAUAUUAAUGGCACGUUGCUUACUGAAAACUUUGUACAAUUUCUAUGGCAUAUAUUGAACAUAAUUUAUGCCUCAAAUGUCGUUUUACGAAAUGACCUUUUCGAUUUGAACGUAUUCGAGUACACUGUGCAGUAGAGAAAAUUCUCAGUGAUACCAAAUAAUUGUGAGAGCUUUGUAUAAAUAUUGGCCUUUAUUUAACUUCUGCAUUGUACAUGUUUAAUACACGAUCACUGUAUAUCAUACGGUGUGCUAGUCAACGUUUCCGUUUGUUCGCAUCCAAAUAUCGGAGAAUGUCUCUAUCACUUUUAUUUUUAUCGACCCUUCGCUCGCAUAUAUAAUUUAUUUCAUGUCAAUUUCUUAUUGACAUAAAUUCUUAUAUAAUUGUAAUUGUAACCAUCGUAAGGCUUCACAGCGAAAUCGUAUCAACCGAUUCGUGGUGAUACGCGCUAUAUAUAAUGCUCAUUUCACAAGCUACGUUUCGGAGAAACAUUCCACUAGUAUUAAAGUGGCAAUGUAAACUUAAUAGCAAAGUGAAAAAAAUAACGCGAAUCUUACAACUGCAAUCCUUUUUUAUUCCACGCGAAUGCGUGUACACAUACACAUAUCACGCAUUCCAGUUGGACGUGUCAUUACAUAUGCGUAUAAUAUUAUACGUAUGACCAAAGUGGUUACUUGUACAAAUUGAUGUAAAUACUGAUUAAUAUUUUAGUAAUAAAUAUAAGAAAGUACCGAAUAUAAUAUA